AUGUCCCAGGUCAUAGAGAGCCACGUGUUGCAUGUUGGCCAGACUGUGUGUAUCUGCUCACCGGAGGAGAGGCAGAGCCUGCGCCAGGUGGGGUAUCCAGGCUGCUCCUCGCUGCCAGUGAAGUAUGUCUACUACUCCACAGAGGCCUGGGCUGAGCCACCCUCCAUGGUGCACCCCAAGGCUCACCUGCUUUCUGGGGGAGGCCUGUACAGAGCCCAGCCUGGGCUGGAGCACGUGGCUGCUCACACACAGGGCAAGGGGCAGCAGGAUCCCUCCUUGGAGAGACACUCUGCCCCGUGCCAGUCAAAGGAGGAGCACACCAGCACGGAUCCCGAGGCUCACUCGAUGUCUUCCUGCCUGGACAUAUCCCUAGAAUCUCUCAACCAGCUGAUCCUAGAAAUUGAUCCAACCUUCCAGCUGCUGCCGGGCAUGCCGGAGAAGGAUGCAGCCCAACCUGCUGCUCAGGGUGACACUGCUGCUCAGGGUGACACUGCUGCCACCAAGAAACAGGACCCAGAGGCAAUAGACAUCAAGUACAUCGAGAUGACCCCAGACAGAGCCACAGGACCUGAGACACUACAGGGCUUCAGGCACCCCCUUCUCCAGUCAGCCACCCUGAGCUGCAGCAACGUGUCUGAGAGCAUCUCUGUGCCCCAGCAGCGCUCGGUGGGACGCGCAGACACCACGCACAGCCCCAGGGCCCUCGGCACCUCCCCGGGCUUUGACAACCUGCUGAAGCCUGUGCACGUGGUGAGGGCCCAGCAGAGGGGCAGUUGGGUCUCCCAGCUCUCCACGAGCCCUGGCUCCGACACCAGUUACAUCCUGGGAAGCAGCACUCACUCACUCCACAAUGAGGACUCGGACGCUCCCACGGCCACCUCCCAGCCCAGGGCAGGCAGCUCCCCCAAGGCCAGCACGUCCCUGCCCCAGAAGGGACAGGCGAGCAGCUGCCCCCCCUCCAUCCUCACCUCCGCAGCCGACAUCCCAGUGCUGCUGGUGAACGGCUGCCUGGAACAAGGGGCUGGAUCCCCCCAUCCAGUCUCGAGGCUUGGGGGCCUGAACAACGCGCUGUCGGCACCUGCGCUCACCUGCGUCUCGGACAGUCCCCUCAGGGCUGGGCAACCCACCAUGAAGUUCGUGAUGGACACAUCCAAAUACUGGUUCAAGCCAAGCAUCAGCCGGGACCAAGCCAUCCAGCUGCUGCGGGACAGGGAGCCAGGCACGUUCCUUGUGCGGGACAGCACGUCGUACCGCGGCUGCUUCGGGCUGGCCAUGAAGGUUCCUGGCUCUCCGUCUGACGGUCGCACAGGCGAUGAGAGCUCUGACCUCGUCCGGCACUUCCUCAUCGAGUCCUCCACCAAAGGAGUGCACCUGAAAGGAGCCAGCGAGGAGCUGUAUUUCGGGAGCCUCUCUGCCUUUGUCUACCAACAUGCCAUGACUGCCCUGGCACUGCCCUGCAAGCUCAACAUCCCCACCCGAGAGCCAGGAGGGGGAGAGGAUUCCUGCACAUCCCCAACCCAUGGGCGAACCACACUCUGUGCUGUCCCUGCAGUGUGCAAUGUCCUGUACCUGAACUCAGUGAACGUGGAGACGCUGACAGGAGCCCCAGCCAUCCUCAAGGCCAUCUCCUGCACCUUUGAGCUGGAGACACUGCCCACACCCACCCUGGUGCACUUCAAGGUGACGGAGCAGGGUGUCACGCUGACGGACAUCCAGAGGAAGGUGUUUUUCCGGCGACACUACCCCUUGGCUGCAGUCAGGUUCUGCGGGAUGGACCCUGAGAACAGAAAGUGGCAGAAGUACUGCAAGUCCUCCAGAAUCUUUGGGUUCGUGGCUAAGAGCCAGACAGACUCGGAGAACCUCUGUCACCUGUUCGCAGAGUACGACACGGUGCAGCCAGCGUCCCUCGUCAUCGACCUGCUCCGCCAGCUCCUGCCCGGCCCCUAG